AAUACAUCGCAGUUUAUGAUGAAAGCUAGUAAGUAACUGACUAACUGCAAUCGUAUAACUUUAGAUUAUCUCAAAGACACCCAUCAAAAUACAUCGAAAUGAACGUCAUAGAUCAUGUACGGGAUAUGGCCGCUGCGGGGCUACACUCAAAUGUUCGGAUAAUGAGUAGUUUACUGCUGACAAUGAGCAAUAACAAUCCAGAGCUGUUCUCACCAUCCCAGAAGUACCAGUUGCUGGUUUACCAUGCAGAUGCCAUCUUCCAUGACAAGGAGUACCGUAAUGCUGCUUGCAAGUACAACAUGGCACUGCAGCAGAAGAAAGUGCUCAGCAAAACGUCCAAAGUUCGCCCAUCUACCGGGGGAACGGCAUCCUCCAUACAGUCACAGGUGUGCAAGGCUCCCAACUCUGUCAAUUACAACAUAUUAGCAACAAGCAUUCAUGUCAUUAAUUUAAAAUGCACAUUUGACUGACCUGCUCUACAGAGAGUAUACAGUGCAUUCAGAAAGUAUUCAGACCCAUUCACUUUUUCCACAUUUUGUUGUUAACCUUAUUCUAAAAUUGAUGAAAUUGUUUCUCUCCCCCCCCCCCCCCCCCCCCCCCACGUUUUGAAAAAUGGUUUGCAAAUGUAUUAAAUAAAAAACUGAAAUUAC